UGGAUGCAAAUGUCAGCUGUGCUGCCUGACAACAGUAAGGGGGAGUGUCAUGCAUGUUUGUAUAACUCCGUUUUUUUUCACAACGUUGUUGAAUGUUACCCUUUCCUCCUACGCUUGUUAGAAUUAUCGCAAAUCCGUUAAUAAUAACUGUGUCACAAUGACAUGAUUUUGUACCUUUUAUAAGAAGAGUGUUUGAGGUAUGUGAGACGAGCAUUUGACAGAGUCAGAAGCGGCGAAGGAUAUUUUAGUGUGUCGCAUGUCGUUGGUGGUGCUAUUACGGGAGAGUAGUUGUAGAGAGCGCUUCGUUAGCUCCAAAGUGAUGGGAAGCAACAGAGGCUUCUCCAAACAGAAGUCAUUCAACAAUGGUUUUAGGCAGUUUUUUCUUAGUUUAUUUUUGUUUGCUGUCAUCUCGGUGGUGUUUCUGCUUACUGUCCAUUUUCUACCAUCAACACAAGAAGGCACCUCACAGGUUUAUGAUCGUAUCUCCUUAGAAAAUUUACAUUCCCUUCCAGAAGUAUCGCUGUCUUCAAAUUCUCGUAUUUCGGACGCGAGAAAUCCCCGCUGCAGCUAUUAUGACUGUUUCAAUGUGUAUCGGUGUGGGCAUAAGGGAAUUAAUCGAAUUUUGGUGUACUUGUACCCUGUAAAGAAAUACGUGGAUUCAAAAGGGAUACCGAUUGGUAGUCAAAUUUCGAGAGAAUUUUACUUUAUUUUGCAAGCGAUUUUAGAAAGCAAAUAUUAUACACCAAAUCCAGCAGAAGCAUGUAUUUUUGUGCCAACCAUCGACACACUAAACCAGAAUCGCUUUAGAACUGUAGAAACAUCACAAGCAUUGGCGUCCUUGCCCUACUGGUAUGAUGGAGAUUACCCCGGAGAAAAUCAUCUUAUAUUUAAUAUGCUGCCAGGUGCAGUACCUGACUAUAGCACAGUUGUAGAACUUGCUCUUGGACAUGCCAUGGUAGCUGGAGCUGGAUUUUCAUCAUGGACAUAUCGGCCUGGUUUUGAUGUAUCACUUCCAGUUUACAGCCCACUUGUUGAUAAGCUGCAAGCACCUGAUGAGCAGAAACAACCAAGGUUGUGGUUAGCCAUUUCAUCUCAAGUCAACUUGCAUCCAGAGUAUAUGAGAGAGUUAUGGAACUUAUCACAGGACUUACUUCUAUUGGAAUCUUGUACUGGAGCUCUUCAAGGCAACUACACUGUGAGGUGCCGAGGAGAUGAAGUCUACAACUAUCCAGAUAUUUUACAGCAAUCUAAAUUCUGUUUGGUGAUACGUGGUGCAAGACUAGGACAACCAACCCUCCUGGAGGCAAUGGCAGCGGGUUGUGUUCCGGUGAUUUGUGCAGAUUCACUUGUCAUGCCCUUCAGUGAUGUUCUGGACUGGAAGAGAGCUGCUGUAAUUAUUACUGAAGCUGAUCUUGGCAGGCUUACUGAAAUACUGUCCAGUGUGUCAGAUGAACGGUUGGAAGACCUGCGCGCUCAAGGCCAUUGGCUUUACCAUCGUUACUUUUCAACAUUGAAAGCUAUUACAUUAACAGCACUGGACAUAAUAAAUGAUCGGGUAUUCCCUCAGUAUGCCCGAACGUAUGAUGAUUGGAAUAUGGCACCAAAUCCUCUUUCAACAAAAUCUCCUUUGUUCCUGCAGUUGACUGCACCUCGCUCACAAGGUUUCACAGCAGUAGUACUAACAUAUGACAGGGUAGAGUCUCUCUUUACAUUGAUACAGAAACUUGUGAAGGCACCAAGCUUAAAUAAAGUUCUAGUUGUAUGGAACAAUCAACGUAAAUAUCCACCACAUCCAUCAAUGUGGCCCAAAAUAAAUAAGCCUUUGAAGGUUAUUCAGACUAAAGAAAACAAACUAUCCAAUCGGUUCUACCCAUAUGAAGAAAUAGAAACUGAAGCCAUACUGACAAUAGAUGAUGAUAUUGUAAUGCUUACUGCAGAUGAACUGGAGUUUGGAUAUGAGGUGUGGCGAGAAUUUCCAGACCGUAUUGUUGGGUUUCCUUCACGAACCCAUGUUUGGGACAAUGUGACACAACACUGGAAAUAUGAAUCAGAGUGGACCAAUCAUAUAUCUAUGGUUCUGACUGGUGCUGCAUUCCACCACAAGUACUGGAGUUACCUGUAUACCACUGCAAUGCCAGGUCAUAUUAAGGAAUGGGUGGACGAACACAUGAACUGUGAAGAUAUAGCGAUGAACUUCCUUGUUGCAAAUAUCACCAGCAAGGCUCCAAUAAAGGUUACGCCAAGAAAGAAGUUUAAAUGUCCAGAAUGCACGAAUACAGAAAUGCUGUCAGCUGAUCUCAAUCAUAUGAUGGAAAGAUCACAGUGCAUUGAUAGAUUUGCUGCAGUGUAUGGAACAAUGCCUCUUCAGACAGUUGAAUUUAGAGCUGAUCCUGUUUUAUACAAGGACAAUUUCCCUGAGAAACUAAAAAGAUUCAAUGACAUUGGUAGUUUAUAAGUGAUUUUGUACAUGUAGCGACACCAUUAAUUUUGAGGACUAGUGUAGUGCCUGUAGAACCAGUGAUGAGAUUAUGUAAAAUCCGCAGACACUAAUAAUGUACUGUUGUGUUUGGAAGGAACGUGGUACAUUUCAGAAAUAUUUUUGUAUAAAGAAAAAGGUCAAAAGUGUGCGAGUGAGUGAGCAACAUUUUAUACUCUUUUGUUUAAAUUUUAUUCAUGUGUUGUGCCAUAGAAUUUUAUUUAUUAAAAGUUUCAUUAUAACA